GUGUAGUGUAUCAAAAUUGUCAGUAAAUUUAAUUAUUUAUUACUCAUAAAAUUUCUUUGAAAAUUUUACUAAUGUCUCAAUUCCUGAAUGAAAUUGACAAGGUACCAAAUGAAUUAUUAUUAAGAAUUUUUCAAUAUCUUAAUGGAAAUGAUUUAAUAACUUGUACAUUAUGCAAUCAACAAUGGAAUGAUUUAAUAAGCAAUGACAAAUAUAUAUGGUUGUCUAUUUUUGAAACUGAAAUGAAUACUGGUUGGUUAUGGUUGAAUAAAGAAAUGGUUCAUAUAUUAAACUCAUUUAAUUUGAUACAUAAAAGUUUAUUGAUAGAAUUCAAUGAAAAUGAAUCAGUGGAUAAAAAUAAUCAACAGAAAUUUAAAAACUAUCGAAAAAUCACUGAACUAAUCACACAAGUAUUGAAUAAUCCUGCUUGUUUCAUGAAGAAAAUAUAUUCAUACUACACUAACGUAUACAAAAUGGAACAAGAAAUAUUACAAACACGGAUUAUUCCCUAUUUAAACUCAAUGAAUAAUGAAGAGAUUUGUUUUGAUUGUAUAAUAUUAGGACCAGCUAUUGAUACAGUUCAUUUAAUUGGAGGAUUUAUGCAUACACUUUUAAGUUGGAUAGAUUUAGCUUUAACAAUGAAUAGACAAUCCAUUAAUUUAAAAAAAGUGCAUAGAACUACUACUCCAUGGGCUGGACAAGGAUUUAUAUUACGUUUACCACAAUGUUUAUCAUUGAGCGAUAAAGAGAACUCUAAGGGUAUACUUUUUAAUGCAACAAUUUUACAUUCACGUAAGCAUAUGAUACGUUCUAGGUAUCGUUAUGGUGGUAGUCGAUUGUUUGGUAAUUGUUUAGUUGAAGCACCAAUAACCGAUCAACAACCAGUUGGUAGUGUAAAAUUGACUCAUUGUACUACUAAUGCAAUUAGUUCAACUCAAAUUGUGUUCUAUGUUAUUGAUAUACGAAAAGAAGAUGGUGGUUUGUUAAACAAUGAAAAUGGUGAUACUAUAUCUCUUAUAAAUCCAUAUAAUUCUGAUAAUGAAAGAUGGAAUGAAAUACGCGUUGAAUUAGAUGCUUUAACAAAUUGUAUGAAUUCAGAACAAAUAUUAAUUGUCUUAGGAGUUGGUAGUCAAAAUAAUAAUAUAAAUAAUUACAAUCUUAUAGAACUUGCUUCAAAUCUUGGCUGUGAUCGUGGUAUUUGUUCGGAUAAAGUCGUUUGUGAUGAGAAUGAUAACAAUCAUGAGAAUAUUGACGCUAAUCUUGUUAAACCAUUAUUGAAUAAACCACACAUAAAUUGGAGAUUAUGGUGUACUUCAAUAAAUGAAUUAACUUAUACCAAUUUGGAAGAGAUUUUUUUCUGGACAGCUAUAACUUAUUUGAAUAAAUCACAUAUUGUUAAAGUGAUUUCAACUGAAUCGUUAACAAAGCAAAUUAAAACUAUACAAAAUCGUAUAACUAAUUAUUAUCGUGUACUUUCGACUGAUAAAUAACAAUGGGAUUUCCCAUAAUUCUUUGCUAUUUAUUUUUAUUAUCUUGUUUUGUAAUGACAUUCUUUUGAGAAGCUUCUUUUGUGUAUAAAUCUAUCAAAAGUUGUUUGUACUUCAUAGCUUGUUUCUUUUUCUUAACAAUAAUGUAAAUUCUUCCUGAAACUAUUUUGUACACCAAUCCAGUUCUUACUUUCUUACAAAAUAAAACAGAAUUACUUAUGUUGGCUAAUGAUUCGUCAGGAUGUAUCCCACAACUUCAAUUCUACACAAAAUAAUCAUAUUAAUAUCUUGUGACUGGCUGAAACAAUUGUAAACAAAUAGGUCAUCACCAUGAUCUAUGAAUAUACAUUCGGAAAUCAAUAUAAAUUCGCACGAAAAUACCUAGUUCUCUGUUAUUUUCAGUUUUCAUAGGAAAUUAUUUGAAUCAUAUGAAUAAAAUGAAAAUCAUGAUAUAUCGAUUUUUUGUUUUUAGAAAAAUAUAAUCAUCCAUUUUUGAGAUGG